CUCCCAUAGCUACCGAGGGAGGCGGCGGCCAUCUUGGCGGCGGCGGCGGGGCGAUGAGCGGCUCCAAGGCGCGGGCGGCGGCGGGGCCGGAGAAGAAGCCGCCGCCGGGGACCGGGGGAGCGCUGAGCCGUCUGCGGGGGCGGCGCGGUUCGGCCGACGCGGCGCCGAGGCCUCCGUGGACCGAGUCCGAGCUGCUGGCGCUGGAGACCGUCCGGCCCGAGCACGUCCUGGGGCUGUGCCGGGUGACGGAGAACUAUUUAUGCAAACCUGAGGACAACAUUUACAAUAUUGACUUCACCAGGUUUAAGAUCCGGGACCUUGAAACUGGAACAGUGCUGUUUGAAAUCGCAAAGCCAUCUGCUUCAGAGCAAGAUGAAGAGGACGAAGAUGACAACAGUGAACUGGACACUAGUGCAGGCCGCUUUGUCCGUUACCAGUUCACCCCAGCAUUUCUCCGUCUUCGGACUGUUGGUGCAACAGUGGAAUUCACAGUGGGAGAAAAACCAGUGUCAAACUUCAGAAUGAUUGAGAGACAUUACUUCCGAGAUCGCUUGCUGAAGAACUUUGACUUUGAUUUUGGCUUCUGCAUCCCUAGUAGCAGGAACACAUGUGAACACAUUUAUGAAUUCCCCCAGCUCUCAGAAGACCUUAUCCGGCUGAUGGUUGAAAAUCCAUACGAGACCCGCUCAGACAGCUUUUACUUUGUGGACAACAAGUUGAUUAUGCACAACAAGGCCGACUAUGCGUACAAUGGAGGACAGUAAUCAUUCUGUGUCUGCUGGAUGCUGUGAUGCUGUUAACUGUUCCAGAUGUCCAGGAGUGGACUGGAGUUGCUGUCUCGUGCAACAAGGCUUCUUGCCAAACCUUUUCUUCUUGCGUGAGGCUGAAAACAUGAAGCGAAGAUGACAGCUCAUGAAAGUAAAGGAAGUCUCCCUGCAACACUUCUCUGUCCAACACUCAGCGUAUCCUGCCUGUCAUUCUCUGUUUCUGUACCUUCUGGUACUUUGGUUAGGUCGUGGAUCAGAGGCACUGUUAGAAAGUGAUUCCUGUUACAGUCUUUAUAGUUAGGUUGCACUUCUAGUGCUUCUGAUGUUUCACCUGUUGGGUGACUACCCUCUUUCAAGAGGUCACGUUGUUUGGGUAAGCUAUUUCUUAGCAGGAAAAUUUCCCCCUUCAAGUAGCCAGUGAUGCCUGAAGAGCAGAUCUCUUCUUCGGCUGGAUAGAUCAUCUCUUCAGUGCACAGUGGUUUAGUUUGUAGCAUGGCUGAGAUUGCUUUUUAGGGUGCAUUCCAAUAUUCUCCAGCAGGAAAGAUAAAAUAAGAGACUAAUUUAGCUUCUGAGGUGUGUAGGAAUCUUCCCUCUGCCUCCAGGAGCUUGAGCUGCCUCUAAGAACAGCUUAAUCUGUAUCUUGCCAGAGAUUUCGUUAGAGAUAUGAGAUAGGGAAAAAGAGGCUUUAUCCAGGUUGGUCAUGGAGUCAGUCUGACUGGAUUUCUGUUUGAGCUCUUGUGAGCAGAUUGUUGAAUUUUGGGGCUCGGGGGUCAACCUUAGAGCUGAAGUUAAUCUCAGUAUAUUUACCAUUUCUCCUGCUUCCCUUUGUGUAGGAAUUUUGGCUCUUGCUAUACAAUGUAUUGCCUUUUAGGUCAACAGCACAUUGUCAGUCUAGAUGGGGUGAAGAGGAGGUGUCAGUCUAGUGGCUUAGAGGAAAAAGGGAGAAUGUCAAAAAUCACUCAGAAAAUGUGUAGGAAGCAGAGCUUCUUUCAACCUCUCUAUACUUUUAAACCUGAAUGAUCUGUGAGAGGUGCUGGAAGGAGAGAAGGUUGUGCAAUCAGCUCAUUUGCUUUGUUUCAGUUGAGGUAUUAGUAGCUAAAAGCUUCCCGGGUCAGAUCACUCAGUGUUACGAAGUGGGAUUCUUACAAAGUGAGAAUUUAUAUGAUGAGCUUUUUACUUGUUUGAGUUCCCAUCACUGCUUUGGCUACUUAGCUGCUUAUUUAUGGUUUAGGAGGUUCUGCUGAGUUAGUGCCAGACCAGAGAGUAUGUAUUUCACAGCUGCGUUUGGGGAUCUGGCGAUAGGAAAUAGCAUCAUGCUGCUGAGAAGACAUGGGUCUCCCCACUGCCAUGCUGGAGCCCAGCUCCUGACCAUGCAGAAUCUCAGCUAACAAAACCUUUUUCUACCUAUUUUUCUGCUCUCAAGGCUGGUAUUUUUCCAGUCCCCACCUGGGCUGGUCAGUCAUGUCUCUUGUAUAUGGGAGUUAGGUUGCGUCUAGAUGAGAGGCGGUUGGUAGUAUUAGUUCCACUUGUUCCUUGACACAGUUGAAAUCUAACUCCUUGGUGGAUACAGUUGGUUACCUAUUGUGUAAAGUACGAUUCAGCAUAGUUCAUGUUUUAGCAGGAUUAAGUGGGGUGUUAAUGCAUAGACAGCAAUAGGAAACCACUGCCUUUACCUCGCAGAUUAGCAAUGUCAGCUUUGGUGUAGAAGGUAGCUGGCAUCAGGGUAAGCAGUGAGAGUAUGUAGGGUGGCAGCCAUUAAAGAAUCUCCAGCUCUUGGGAAGAUAUUGAAUUAUGAUUUACCACAACAAAUGACCUGUUCUGGGUGGAGCAUUAAUCAUGAGCAACCACAACAAAUGUCUGGGGAAUGCGGAGGGGCAAGGUCUGUGUGGUUGAAAGACAGUUCUGCUACCAUCAAUCCCCUCCAGCAUCUCCAAAGGCACUUAGGCAAUCUUGUUUAGUUAUUUCAGAAUUAGUUAAAGCUGCUUGUAAGGUGGAGUGUGAGAUGCCUCUUGCAGUGAUUGUCUUCAGAAGCCUCGUGCCAUGCUGGCGAGGUGGGAAACAUUUCUUUUGAUGGAAGAACAGGUAGUUACUUGUGACACAGCAGAGCUGCCUGGAAGUAUUUCCAUCCUGAAGUGUUCUGAGAUGCUCAGGAUAGUGUCUGAAGAGCCUGGUAGUUGUUCCCUGGGAAAUUUUAGCAUAUUGAGCUGAAUUUGUAUGUAGUAUAAAUCCUGGUGCCUUUAAAAUGUUACUUUUAUCUCAUUUUCUGUGUGAAGCAAUCUCUUGCUUUUCUUGUGAGUGUGAUGAUUCCCACCGGUUUUCUGUGUCAGUGUAAGGUUCUUAAAAGGAAGAUAGACUGUUGCCAGAGUGAGCAGCAGUUUGGAGUAGUCAGUGUGCAGCUCUGCACGGUCGGGGUAUUUGUAGGGGUGUGUGUGCCACCUAGCCGCUGCUUUGCAGAGUGCGACGGAGAGCAGGCGAGCGCUCUGCCAAAUGUAAAUGAGGCAUUUGAUGCUUACAGGAAAGUGGAUUCCUGUCUUUAGUCAUUACCUCUGCCAGCAGCAAUGAGGAAAAAGCUUCGAAGUAUUACUUUCCCAUUGGUGAAUGUAUUGGCUAUUCAGCAAUAAAAAAAGGAAAACCGGAGGAAAAUCUGAGGACUUGCAGGCAGCACUAGCACUAGCACCCCUUGAUUUCUAGCUGAAUUUGUUUGCUUUGGCAAAUUAGAAGGUCUUUGCCCAGAAAGCAUGCUGCAGGAAAAGAAGUCCCUACAAGAGGGCAACCCAGCACUGAAAGAGUUGAUUGUAAUUCAAAAAGUCAGGGAUGUCCAAACUCCUGUCCCCGCUUUGGCCGCUUCCCUGAGGUUCCUUUUCUCUUAGAUGCCUUCUAUAGAGUGUCUUCUCUUUGUGGCAGGGAUGAUGUCUUUGGUAAACAUGAUCUAACAGCGUCUUCCUUCUGGAUUGCAUGCUCUGAUGCUCUAAUGAUGGGUCAAAGCUACUCAUGCCAGUGAGCUGGGAAGAUAUUCCAGUGGGAUCUCGUCCUUGUCCAGUGGAUGGUCUGUCCUGGCCAGGUGCUGUGAACACAAGGGAGCGACUUUCAGUGUCGGUUAAAGUUUGAGCAAGGGAAAAGGGUAUCUGUGCAGACAGCUGCUCUCAGGUCGUGUGCCGAGCUGGAAAGAGUUGGGAUCAUGCUGUGUUCUGUAUGUAUAACAAAAAAAGGGACCAAACCCACAAACUCAUGUUAAAUAUUUUCAGUAUUUGUCCUCUUAGGACCAGGACCUCCCUUUCACAUUUUUUGAGGCGAGUGCUUUGGAUCCAUGCAAGCAGGCUUCCUGGACAGCUAUUUUCAUGACUGAAGAAUACAUAUUGCACCUUGUGAAGGAACGUCACCUCUUGUAUGGACUGGGUACUGCUGCCCCUGUCCUCUGUUUUUGGUAGGAAGUGUCUUUGUGUCUUUUCCCUUAGGAUUUUCAAUGUCUCUUGCUGCAGUGAAGCAGCAGCAGCCUUCUCUCUGGUGCUUGAGGAUGUUUAUUCCGCUUAUCUGAGGGUUCAGGAAGGAUAAAACAAGUAUUUGGAAGGCAGAAAUGAAUGAGGAAGGUGGUGAUGGUGCAGCAGUAAGGUCCAAACAUGGUAACUCUACUUCUCAGCCCUGUGUUUCAUGACAUCCUCUUCAGCUGUUUCCCACUGUUUGCCUUCUGCCCUGCUCUCCUGUCACACGGAGCUACUGAGCCUUGUGCUACCCCAGAGCGUGGUCCCGUGUCGGGGUAACCCUUGGACUUCAACACAGCCAUCUCCCUGUAGCUUUAUGGGGAGGCCGAGGGACAGCUGCCUGGCAGAGUCGUCACCCCUUCCCCUGCAGCAAGGGCAAAACCGAACACCAGCAACCGCCAGCUCCGCCUGCCUGGAUCUCAGUGCCGUUACAGGACAUGUGUUUGUAUCUCUCACAGCGUGGCCUUUGGGCUGCUGGCGCGUCGCCCCCCUCCGUGCUGUCCCCUCUGGGCACUGUGCAGGGCCCGUGGUGGCCGUGCCCACGUGCUCUCGGGGUCCCAGCACGCUGCCGGCAGCCCCCCUGCCCUCCGCGGCGCGGUGUCCGGGUGGCGACGACUUUGUACAAAACCUUAUUUUGUCACCAGCAAUAGUAAUAAAGAAACCUCCCAUUUUCGCA